AUGUUUGACGCAAAGUCACUUGUUAGUGAAGCAUCAUCUGUUCAUUGUCGUAGUGCUACUGUUUUUGAUGAUAAUGAGACCUUUGAACUUCAACAACACUUAGAAAAAUGCGAACGUGAAAUAAUUGAAUUAAAAUUUGAAAACACUAUCUUUGAAGCGGCUGUGGAGAGAAAAAAAUCUGAGUUUUUAAUUCCUCAAUCGUCAUCGCUCUUAACGCCCGUUAGUUCAUCACAAGCAACAACACCAAUUGGUUCGUAUCAAGAUUCAUCCAAUACUAAUGCAACAGGUCGAGUUGAGCGUCUUGCGCGUAAACAAUCGAAAUCACGAAGUACACAAAGUGAUAUACGUAUAAGACUAACAUUGGAACAAAAACUUGCUAUUGUUGCAUCGGAAUAUGAACAAAUCAAAACUGAAGCACUUCGCCGCAAUACAGUCAAUGAAAGGAAUACUGAUCAAUCUGAAUCUGAUAUUGAAUGGAUUGAUGUUGAAUUGGAAGAUUUUCAACUGGCUAUAACGGAACUACUCAAACUAAAAGAAUCUUCAAUCGAUAAACGUACACGGAAAGUAAUUGGUGAAAAAAUGAGUCGUUAUUUUCAUGAACAUCUUCAAGCACGUGAAUCAACAACAAAUAAAUUACGUGAUCGUUCAGGUGGUUUAAGAAAACAAAUCGUACGUUUAGAUUCUCAAUUAAAACAAAAAGAAGAAAUGGGAGAAACAUUACAUGAAGUCGAUUUCAAUCAAUUGAAAAUUGAAAAUAAACAAUACUUAGACAAAAUCGACGAAAAAAAUGUUGAACUUGUUCUAUUAAAACGGCAAGUUGCAAAAGUUACACAAUUACUUAAUCAUUAUAAAGAUAACUUACAUACAAGUACUGUAGAUCUAAUUGAUAUUGAAAAACGUAUUAAUAAACAAGAUCAUUUACAUGAAUAUGCUGAAAAAGAAAUAGUUGCGGUUAAUAAUGAGCAAUAUCAUGUUGCAAAAACCCAUAGCAAUCUAGUCUCUCAAAUCGAAAACUAUCAAGUACCAGAAAUAUUAGAUUAUGUUAGAAAGAAAUCUUUACUUUCUAAUCUUCAACGUGAUUGUCAAGUUUGGCAAAGAAAAGUUGAACUUGUUUCAAUGUCAUUACGACAAUCAAGACAACAAUGGGAAACAAUACAAGGAGCUGCUCGACUUUAUAAUCGUAAUAACAUUUGA